UUGCUAUAACUAUUAAAAACAAAAUGAUCGUCCUAAAAAUACAAAGUUAUUCUUUGGACCCGAAAUAAAUGUUUAACAUGGUUGUUUUUGCGUAUAAUAACACUCGAACCGGAUAACACGACUUUUCUAGAACCCUACUGCUUGUAAUUCAGCAUGACAGUGGUGCUAAGAAGAGGAGCGACGACGCUCUCUUUCCUAAUCCCUUCCCAUACUUGUUCUCUCUCCAUUCCCAGAACAAACCUCACCCCUUCUCUUCUCUCUUUCCGUCACUCUUCAGUUCCCGCUUCCAAAACCCUCACCUCUUCUCUCCCCCCUUCCGAAAAACCCCUCUUAUUCAUUCCCCCUGGAGUUCAACCCAACGAAGUCAACGACUCCAUGAUCCUUCCAUUCUCCAACAUCGUUAUCGGACCCUACGCCGGCGAUUCCCGAAUUAAGGAUGUCCAAUUCGUUAAGAGUAGUCCUCGCCCCAAGGAGUGCCCCAAAGAUGACCGACCUGAAUUCGCCAUUCUUGGUCGCUCCAAUGUCGGUAAAUCUUCUCUCAUUAACUCCCUUGUUCGUAAGAAAGAGCUCGCUCUCACUUCCAAGAAACCAGGGAAGACACAGCUUAUCAAUCACUUCUUGGUCAACAAAAGCUGGUAUCUUGUCGACUUGCCUGGUUAUGGCUUUGCUAAAGCACCUGAAGCUGCUAAAACGGAUUGGUCAUCGUUCACCAAAGGUUACUUUUUAAAUAGAAGUACUCUGGUGGCUGUCUUGCUUCUCAUUGAUGCAAGUGUUCCUCCUCAAAGGAUUGACUUGGAUUGUGCAAAUUGGCUUGGUCGCAAUAAUAUACCAAUUACCUUUGUUUUCACAAAAUGCGAUAAAAUGAAGGUGGCAAAGGGGAAAAUACCUGAUGAAAACAUAAAGGAUUUUCAAGAGAUAAUAAAACAAAAUUACAAGCAACAUCCCCCAUGGAUUAUGACCAGCAGCGUCACUGGAUUGGGCAGAGACGAGCUUCUCUUGCACGUAUCUCAGCUAAGAAACUACUGGGAUCAAUAGGAGAACAGUUUAUUUAAAACUGAGCAAGAUGUGAUUAUCUAUAACAAGAGCUUUCCAUGCAGGAGCAAAGUUGAAAUUACGAAAGAUACAAUCACAUAGAAGAGUCAUGUGAAAAGGCUAUGGGUCGACUCAUAACUUAGAUGGAUCUUUGUUCCCCUCAAACCACAACAUGAUAUAUAUGGUAUUUAAAUCUUACAUGAGGAUCAAGUGUGAGUUGUUUAUGCCUUUGCUGAUACUGGAAUUUUUCAUGCUGUCAUGAUGUGCGCAUAUGGAGUAAUACAACAUAGGUGAUAUUGUAUGCUUUCAACAGUUACACUGAUAAUAUUUAUCUUUUUUUUUUCUUCCAGAAUACAUGUUUCAGCAUUCCAUUUCUUUGGUUUUUUAUUUACUGGAGGAAAAGGAAACUUUUGCAAUACUUGAACAUUAUUGAUGCUUUGCUAUAUUUGAUAGAUUACCACUGUUAUUGAUGCAACA